UGGUAAGGUGUAGUUAAGCGGUGUUGUCAAUAUGGUUGAAUGGAUUUAUUUUCACUAUCUAAAUAAAAUAAAAUUUUUGUCUGUACAUUGGUCGGAACAAAAAAAUUCAUGUUUACUUUUUUCUUUCAUACACUUUUAUAACCGAAAAUGACAUUGAAAAAAUGUCUGUCUGUCUGUCUGUCGAGUUGUCGGUUUGCCUGUAACGUUUGAAAGUCCACUUUUCUUACUUUAUAACUACAGAACGGCUGAUAAAACUUGUAUGAAACCUUUUAUUUAUGGCUUAAGAGCAAUGCGUACUAACACUUAGGCUAUAGAAAAUGUUUGUGCAAUAUUUCCAAACAUAAUGGCGGCACCUUAAGUAGCGUAUUUUUGAGUUUGAGGUUCCCUUUUGUAACCUUAUAACUUCAGAAUUUCUGAAAAAAUGUGCAAAUCUUUUUAAAUGGCCCAAAGACAUGCAGCUACAUUUAGGCUAUAAAAAAUGCAUGCAAGACUUCAAAGCAAAAUGGUGGCACCUCAAAGUAGCGUGCCGUGUGUGUUUGAAGACCCUUUUCGUGUCCUAAUAACCACAUAACGCCUGAUAAAUUUCCAUAAAUAACUUUAGGGCAUAACGUACUUAUGCUUAAGCUAUGCAAAAAAUUCAUGAAGGACUUUAAAAAAAUGGCGGCACCACACAUAACACAGUUCUAUUUUAUUAUUAUUGCAUUUUAACACUUUCUUUUCAUUUUUAACCAUACAAACUAAUUUAUUGUUCGUUUUUCAGACACUAAUAUGGCACUUAAUGAAGAGGAAAUUUACGAAGAAAUUCUCUAUUGCAGUAGCCCGACAUUGGGCAGUGAACUAAACGAUAUUUUGAUAGAUGCAUUAGUAGAAGAUGGAGUAAAUAAAACAGAAGAAAUUGGUUCAAAAAGUCAACAUGAUGAGACCAAACCAUUGGAUGAUGCACCAGAUGCUAAAGCGUUUAAUGAUGUAGCCAGCUUUGAUGAAGGUGGAGAAAAUAUACUCAUUGACGAAAUGUUAACAUCCAACAUUGAGAUGAACUUGGAUAACAUGCCUAUUGUUAUAAUGCCAGAGGGUGUGGAUGCAGCUGACUUCUUAAGUGAAGUUAUUGAUGUCAACAUUGAAAAAAAUUAUGAAACCGAUUCACUUGAACACAACAAAAUGUGUUUUUUUUCUGGUGUCAUCGAACCUGAAGAUGAGUCAGAAGUAUUCGACGUAGAGGCAAAUCAUACCAGAAAUGAAAUAACUGACCAGCAAGACGAUUUAGUUAAUGAAUUCAACGCUGAAAACAUAUUCGAAUCAAGCUCUGAUACAGAUAAUGUUCCAUCCGACUUAGAAUACGAACCUGAGGCAAGAAUUGAAAGUCGUCAACAAAAUAAUCCUGAAAACGUUCCUUCCGACUUAGAAGAUGAACCUGAGCUAAUAACUGAAAUUCGUCAACAAAAUACUUAAGACACUUCUCUAUCACCGAACCAUCAUAAUGAUGAAGAAGAGACCCCUGUGUUACCCGAGCGAAAGAGGAAAAAUAACAAUCAAAGUAAUUAGAAAAAGAACAUUAAUAAGAAACUCAGGAUGAGUGGCGAAGCAUACUUGGGUUAUCGAAGGACCAAAGACGGCGUAGUGCACCAUGAUAAAGUCAGAGGUGAACGAAAAUUGGGACCACAUUGUGGUUCAAAUAAAUGUCGCAAUUCUAAAAAUAGACAUUGUUUUAGUUUCACACAGGAACAGAGAAAAUCUAUUUUUAACAACUUCUGGGCUGGGAUGAACUGGGAUCAACGAAAGGUUUAUCUCGUAAACAUGGCAGUUAAAACUGAAAAACAAAGAAAGACUACUGACGAAGAAAAAAACAGCAGAAGAAAUAAGACAUUAAAUUAUUUUCUGACUGCUGAUGGUGUCAAGAAGCAAGUUUGCCAAAGAAUGUUUUUGCAAACACUCGGUAUCAAGCAGUGGACAGUCCGCUAUUGGGUUUCUGGUGAUCAGUAUGUAGGUAAAGAGCCUCUUGAAAACCACAUUUCAGCUGGGAUGGUCCCACAAGGAACGACUACUAGACCAUCUUCAGCCAAAAAGUUCAAAAAACCACAUGCAAAAGAGUUCGCUAAACAAUUUCUUGACAUCAUUCCUAAAUUAACAUCUCAUUAUUGUCAACACGUCUCUACCUUGAACCGAUGUUUCGUAGUUUAUCUCACCUUUACAACGUAUAUAAAGAGAAAUGUUUAGAGGAGUUCCCACAAAAAUCUAAAUCCUUUAUACUAAGCAGGUUUACCUUUGAGAAAUUGUUCAAAGAUAUGAACUUAGCUCUUUAUCAACCAAAGAAGGACCGAUGUGAUGUUUGUGUAGGAUUUGAAUUAGGCAACAUCACCGAAGAAGAUCAUAAGAUGCACAUCAAAUUGAAAGAAGAAGCUCGAGAGGAAAAGGAUAAGGAUAAGAAAGAGGCAAAGGAGAACAAAUGCAUUGUUUACUCCUCUGAUGUGCAAGCUGUUAAACUAUGCCCAUUUCUCAAUGCUAGUGCAUUAUACUACAAGACCAAACUGAACAUUCAUAACUUUACAAUGUACAAUUUGGCCUCCAAAGAUGUUCAGUGUUUUUGGUUCGAUGAAACAAGUGCUGAACUUGUAACCUCGGUUUUUGCUAGUUGCGUGAUAGACACUCUAAAGACACAAUUUGCUAAAGACCCAAAGCCAAUAGUUCUUUGGUCAGACGGUUGUCCCCCUCAAAAUAAAAAUGCUGUUUUCGCCAACGCUCUGCUGCACUUUGCAGUUGCAAAUAAAACUACAAUCGAACAAAAGUUUCUGGUCAAGGGUCACACUCGGAUGGAGUGUGACUCAGUUCACAGCACAAUAGAAACUGCCCUGAAGGAUAUGCCAAUAUAUCUGCCAAGCCAAUAUAAUGAAGCAGCAUUAAAAGCAAGGCGAAUCCCCUUUCCGUACCAAUCAAUAUACCUGAGCUAUUCUUUUUUCAAAGACUUCUCUCAGCAGAACACCUUGAUUUAUGAUUCAAUUAGGCCAGGUAGUAGGAAAGGAGACCCGACUGUGUAUGAUAUAGUGGCUAUAAGAUACAAACCUAACCGGAAAAUUGAAACAAAACUUAACUUCAAAUCGAACUAUGAAGAGUUGCCAAGACGGCCUAGGUCAAACAACUUCACAAGUGAGUUUUUCCCCUUGUACCAAAACAAACUUCCGAUUAAGACAUCAAAAUAUAACCAUCUGUAAGAACUUAAGAGUGUUAUCUCUGAAGAUUGUCAUCCAUAUUACGACUCAUUACCUCAUAAAACCUAAGUGGCAAAUUUCAAAGCAGUAAAAUAUUGUUCAAACUUGGAAAAGACUGAACUAUGUACCUAACAAUUUAGUGUUUUAAUGGAUCUCAAAGUACAAUAUUUUAUCAGUAAUAGUAAUAAACAAACUAUUCCUAACAAAUUGUUUCAAUUUGUUCCCUUUGGUAAAUACCGCUUAUAUAUGGUUACCUUAUUAAAAUUGAAAGCUAAUACCGCCUAAGUGCAAAAAACAAAACCGCUUAUCUACAACCACGAAAAAAAUACGUGGCAAUACCGCCUAAGUGCUUUAAUAAACUGACGAAAGGCAAAUAUUGUAUAAGAUUAUGUUAAAAACCAUCAACAACAUGGUUCCUUUGUUAGUUAAAAAAAAUUAAGCGUUUAUACUUAUCCGUAAUAAAAAUAAUCAGUUUUUUGUGGUUCCUGUAAAGUUACCCAAACUGUAGAUACGCGGUAUUGUUUAUUCGCCGACGAUAUAUAUGUCGGUAUUCAUUAUAUUAAUAACUCAACACAGAAUAACAACAAUUAAACUAAUAGUAACACAUCAAUAACAAUAAUAAAAUCUUAACAGUAACAAUUACAUUUUAACAAUAACCGUACCAAAUCAACAAUAUAUCAUUUAACAUAUGUAACAAUUACUAUCAGACAGUUAAGCUGCUUUAGUAGCACGAAAAGCCUACUCUUUUGACUCAAUGAUAGUAUGAGAAUGUAGGAAUACUCUAACGGAACUGGAAAAGUGGAACAAAGUUGUCCUUGACAGGGUGCUGGGUCAAUAAAGCAUUGUUGUUAGGAAUGAAAUAGUGAAUGCUUUAGGCAACGUAGACUCUGAAAGCCUUUUGUUAGGGUCAGAGCCAGGCUGUGGAAUACAGUAUAGGUCUUGUAAAUUCAAGAGGGCCAGAUCCGAGAUAGAACUCAGGCAAUCAUAAACCAACUAGUCAUGGGAGGACGUAAACAUAAUGUGUGAGUUUUACCAAACAUUACCCAGUAGAAGAAGCAAAGUAUGUAGAGGUUACCAUGGAAUAGACAUAUUGACAAUCUUUGUGGGAGCUGAGAUCAGGAUUAUACCUUAUACACAAUAUAUAGAAUGUAAAAUAUACAUAAAGAAUUAAAGCAAUAAGUGAUGUUGAAACUGCAACUUUUUGACAUUUCAUCUUCAUUCUGGUAUGGGGUGGAUCUAGUACAGUAAAUACACAAAGGUUGUUGGUUUUACAACAAAAAAAUAUCAGAGUUCUUCAAGGGCUCCAGCUUUGUGGAGCUCUCUAUUCCUACUGUGGUGUCAAUCUAUGUCUAUGAAGCAAUAUUGUAUGCAUACAAAAGGAAUUUGACCAGAGGUAAUGAUUUUCAUAAAUACAAGACCCAUCAUACAUCCAACUUUGCUCUGGCAGUACAUUAUACUGCCUGAUUUGAGGAGAAACCUUACAUGGGGCUAAGUUAUUCAAUAUCCUACCUGCUGACAUCAAGAUAGAAGGCAAUUUCAAGAUAAAGUUUAAAAGGUUGCUUUUACUUCGUCCCUUUUAUUCAAUUGAAGAACUUUUAAACUAGAGAACUUGGAUUUUAAUCAAACUAAACUUGUUGUAAAUUGUAUGUAACUUUUGUCUUAAACUGAUCACAAUUGAAAUUAUAUGUUGAUUUAAAACCUUGUAACCAUGUUUAAAUCUAUUUGUAAUUUUCAAAGAAUUGUCCAAAUAAAGGUAAUUGCCUAUUGUCAAUAAUAAAGUGUCAAGACCCCAGGCCUCAGGCAAUCUAAUAUGUUUAUGUCUCCUUAUGCUAAAGGAUAGACUAGGAUUCUAGAUCUAAGCAUGGAGAAUACACAACUAAUAUUUGGAAUGCAAACAGAAUAUGUCUCUCUUCGGAAACAUAUAAUGAAAGUGGGUUUAAGCAAGAUUGAUGAAUGCAGACUUUAUGGAUAGGCAGGAGAAUCAGCGGAGCAUAUAUAUGGCUGAAUUGUCCUGUUGUUAGUAAAACCAGAAAAAAGUUCCUAGGGGCUUAUAUCUUGAGCCCAAAGGAUAUUAGAGAACUGGAGCCCAUACAUAUAAUUGGUUUUUACAGAAGCCUCUGUAACAUUGAUUUGAGGGAUAAAUAGAAUUUAAAGGUGGCGCAAAGGUCCUUUUAGAACUAAAUGCAUACUUCUUAAACUAUUCCCUCAAUUGUAAAAAAGAUUUUGGCUUUUUACCACUUAUAAAUUAAAAUCUGUUUUGAGUAUAUAUGAAUUUAUACAUACAUACUCUGUCUGAGAAACAUCCAGCAAUAAUAAUCUACUUAUGGCCUAUGGUAUUUACAGUUCCGUAGUAGUGAUUGUAUUGUUGCCCCAAUCAAGAAAAUGUAUAAAUGCUUGGACUGAAAAAGUCUUCUUCAGUCAAAAAUACUGAGCAAAUAUACAUUGGCUUUAAAAAUCUACUUCGAUAAAAAAAACUACUAAUUCCAUUCAUUGUAAUCAUAGUUUUCUUACUGUCCCGAUCAAGAAAGUAUAUACAUACUUUGAUCUGAAAAGUCUUCUUUUGUCAAAAAGUGACUACUUGCCGUCAAAGGUAUUUACAGUGCCGUAGUAGUUUUGUCUUUUUGUUGUGAUCAAAAAGUAUAUGUUGGUUUGAAAAGUCUACUUCGGUCAAAAAGUGAUUUCUUCUGACCAUUUAAAUCUAUUUCCAGUGUAAAGUAUUUCUAGUGCCAAUAAUCUGUUGAUGGUGUAAUACAGAUUUGUGUCAAAUUUCAACUUUGUAGACCAUCGGGAAGUUAAAAAACAAAACUAUAGCUUUUCUAAAGGUUUGUAACUAUUGGUAUGUAUAUCAACAUGCAUGAAAAGUAUUUUAUCUGUUUAGGUGAUGAGGAAUGUGUGUGAAAUUUCAUCUUACUAGGAUAGCAGAAAGUUAAGAAACAAAAGAAUAAUUCUUGUAGGGUUGUCGCUGUAGUUGAGCCCCUAUGGGUGGUUGAUUUGUAUUUUUAAAGUUUUUUUCAGUUAAGAGCAUGACGCACAUGUAUGUAAAAUUUCAUUUUAGUAGGACAUUGGGCAGUUGAAAAAACAAAAAUAUAGUUUUCGUAGGGCUGUUGCUAUAUUUAAGCCCCUAUCUGUAACUUUUCUUUUUCUAUUGAAAGCAUAAGGCACAUGUGUCCAAUUUCAUUGUUUUAGGACAUCAGGAAUUUUAAAAACAAAAUUUAGUUCUUCUAGUUGUUAUAACCCCAUUUCCACCUGUAUUUGAUCUUUAUAAAAAUGCUUUAAAAUUUUUUAUUUAUGUCAUUAGGCAUGCAUGUGUCAGAUUUUGGGAUAUCAGGAAGUUGGAGAAUUAGUGAUGGCUUUGCCUUUUAUAUAUAGAUAUCUUAGUUUAAGUAAAGGAAAUUAUUUUUUCAAAAGUUUGACAUCAUUCAGACUAGCUGUUCUCUUACUCAUGCUUGUUAGCAUAUUAUUCCGUUAUUUAAUUCAUAGAAAAAGAUUUUAUUAACAGCAAUUUAUUUACUGAUAUUGUGUAGACAUAAUUUUUUUUGUAACAUCACAAGUAUACAAUUAUUCACAAGUACCAAGUUGAACAAACACUAAAAAUUGCUAGUAGUGGCAGCUGCUAGCCCAUGACGAGGGUCAAAGAGGUAGGCAGCGGAGGAAGGCACCUAGACGUUUGAUUGGUUUGGGGUGGGUGCGAAGUAAAGAAGGCUGUUCUCACCGGUCUCAAACUGCAAUAUAGGAUUACUUGUCUACUUAUAUUAUGUUGGUCUCUAAUAUCACUUGCAGGUGACACAUCAUCUGAGAAUUUACGAGACAUUAGUUUGUUCCAAGUGGUUAACACUAGAAUAUAAUAUCUAGUUUUUGCACAUUCUUAUUCACCUUAUCUUGAAAAUGUGUUAAAUCUACUUAGAAAGUACUAACUAUAAUUUAUUAGUUUUAUUAAUUUCACUUAUUGUCUGCUUCU